CGGUCAGGUGGUUCAGCGUUCCCAGCUGGUCGUCCGGACCCCAGAGGCACCUCCAUUUCCCCGUUGGGCCUGACAUGUCACGGGCAAGUUGGAGAACGAUGGGUAUGGGCGCUGCUCACAGUCGCGCUAGCAAUGCUCUGUGGGCUCGCAGAUCCCGUAAGGCAGAACGUGGGUACGUUGUACUUCACUAUCGUGCUCGCGCAGAUAGGGACCUACCCGCUACUAUCCUGCAUCAGCGCGUGGACUGGCAACAGCCUCGCCCCUCAUGGAAGCGCUCGAUUGGACUUAAGUGGACGCUGGCAGCGGGAAACAUUGGAAGCUUGAUCGGGACGAAUAUUCUCCCGAUUAAAGAAUCACCCAGAUAGCAGACGGGAUACGGUGUCUCACUGGGUUCACCUUUCUUGGAUUUCUGGCUGCGAUUGUGCUCGAGCUCACGCUGGAGGUUAAGAAUAAGAAUAAGA